AUGGCUGAAUCAAAGGUACCACUUGAUACUAUUAUUAAGCACCUCUCUGAUACCCUUUCACAACAUGAUUCCACGAUACGUACACUCGAAGAAUCAAUUGAAUCUGUUCGUUCACAAAUUGAUACUCGUAUCAACACUAUUCGUGAUGACACUAAACAAGAACUCCAAUCUCUGGAAACAAACCUUACAAACCUGAUUACCGCUAAAGAUACCGUUUGGACACAGGUUUCCGACAGUAUACAUUCAUUAAACACUGAUCUUCAAGAAUUGAAAACUCUUUUCACUAAUCACAUCAUCGCUCAACCCCCACCGACCGAACAUUCGACACCCACUAAUGUGCAAACAACUGUUCACACUCCUGUUCAUGCAGUUCCACCACCAUUUGUUAACACUUCAUUAUCAACUUCUUAUGUUUUACUACAAACCCAUAUGCAAGCCUCAACUACCAUUGUUCUACCACCAUCAACGACUCUACCGACGUUCAGUGGUAAACCAACCGAACGGCCACGACAAUUUCUACUCCGCGUCGAAGAAUAUGCCCGAACAGUUAAUAACUGGUCUCGCGCAACACUCCUUCGUGGCAUCUCUCAGUUUCUUAAGGAUGAUGCAUUCGACUGGUAUUGCCAACUCCAACAAACACAUAACGUACCCACGGACUAA